UAGCAACCACAUCGCAUAGUACUUAACAUUCGCAAAGUACGUUCCUAACAUUACAACUGAUAACGAUAUUCUAAAAAUGGCAGCGAACUGAAAAUUCCCAUUUUUACCUGAAAAAUAAAAACGUAUCAUUUUGGGAAACUGUCAUUGGUGUUCAGCUGUGUGUUGUGAUUGGUCGGGAGGCGGUGUCGUGGGUCUGGGGCCUGGUGAUUGGUUGGCGGUCGUCCCCACCUCGCGGGAUGGUGGGGCACAUCAUCCCUAUGUUUAUUUUUGUUGUUGAAGUUAGUGGGCUAUAAGCUUUCGACGUGUGUAGAUGUGUAGCACAAACAAUAUCAUAUUUCGCGACAAACGUUGACGAGUGCAGUGGUUUGAUUGACAGUGAUAGUUAUACGACAGUGGACAAAAUAACUGCAUUGUGAUUGUGAAGCAUUUGCAUCUUUUCGGAGAUGGUUAUCCUCACCAGCAGUCGCACGGACAUGUCGGAGGGCCAAACACCGGACUGGGACAUAAACGACGCGGUUGUUCCGCGCGUGGCCGCGUUCGACGCGUUCGGCGAGUGGUGCGACGGCCACGUGCGCCGCGUCUACCCGCCCGCCUGCGAGGAGGCGCGGAGACACGCCUCGGGCUGGGCCAUGCGGAACACCAACAACCACAACGUCCAUAUACUCAAGAAGAGCUGCCUAGGAGUUCUGGUCUGCUCCCAAAGAUGCCGCCUACCUGAUGGCUCGAGAGUGCAUCUUAGACCUGCCAUUUGUGAUAAGGCCAGGAAAAAGCAACAAGGCAAACCAUGUCCAAACAGACUGUGCAAUGGUGGGCGUUUAGAAGUCUUACCGUGUCGAGGACACUGCGGCUACCCCGUCACACACUUCUGGCGUCACACAGAACACGCCAUCUUCUUCCAAGCUAAAGGUGCGCACGAUCACCCGCGACCCGAGGCUAAAGGAGCCAGUGAAGUGCGCCGGUCACUCGGCGCUGGCCGGAGAGUGAGGGGUCUAGCGCUACUGCUGGCCAGAGAAGCAGCCAUAGCUGACAAGAUACUAACCGUGAAGCCUGAUAAACAAAUGGCGCAGAAAGUCUGCAACCCACAUCCACAACCCCCGCCGCUCAUACCGGAUAACCAAAGAGUUCAACUAACAUGCACCUGUGGGCCAUUCGAGUGCUCAUGUCGGUGGCGCCCCGAGCAGACGCCGGAGAGCUACGCGACGACGGCGUGGACCCCACAAGAGGCGCAGUACCAGGCCUACGCCCCGCCCGCACCCCCGGGGCCUCCGCUGCAGCCGCAACAACACUACGACCCCACCGCGCUGCCUGCUGACGACAUCUUCCACCCUGAGGAAAUCUUCCAACUCGACCAACCCAUCAGAUUGGACUUCCCCUUAGAAGAACACACCUUAGAAUCACCGCCAACGUUCGCAGACCUCAACAGCGAAAACUCCAGGCCUGAGGAAGCGUACUGGUUGGACUGGCAAAGAGCUGCCGGCGGCUCGGAGUCUAGCGAAACCCCCUCCCCGGAACUGUUCGGCGGAUACCAGCAGACUGAGGCGUACUGCGAUCAACAGGCGUACAUUCCUCAAGCUUAUUACCCCGAAGAGGCACAAUACUACACCACUGAGAGAACAUCACCCGGCAUGGACAUGCAGGACCAGAGGUAUUAUAGAUACGGACCAGAUUGCACGCAGACUAACUUAGACAUGCAGGGAUGGAACUACUCAGACUGCGCCUUCACGCCAAACGACAUGUCGGAGUGCAAGCAGUACUUCGACGCUCAACACCAACAAGCCGUCAACGCCUUCAGUGGCCUCUUAUAAUAAUGUUCCUGUACAUAGUAUUGUAAAUUGUUAAUAUUUUAACUGUAAGUUAGCAUAAGUUGUUAAUUUUGUCUUUAAGAUACAAAUAGAUUUAUUAUAAGUAUUAUGUUCCUACAAUGGUUUUAAGGAAACUUAUC